AUGGCCACAGUGUAUCCGGCCGACCACGCGUCACUGCCAGGCGAGCCGUUCUCCAUGCAAGAAUACUACGCGAGCUGCCACGCAAACGGCUCGCUCACCCUCCUCUUCCUCCCGAUCUCGCGCCACAGCCAGAACGUCCUCCACUCGCCCACGCACGUCGUCUCGCUCUCCGUCUCGAGCUCGAGCCCCGCCGCGAGCCGCCCCCGCGUCUCCCUCCUCGGCAACGUCACGCUCUUCACCGAGCUCGAACGCACGCCGGAGCGCGCGGCCCUGCAGGCGUGCUACCUCGCCGCGCACCCGGACGCCCGCUGGUGGCUUCCCGGCCCCAGGGAGCCGCAUAUAGCCUACUGGGCCCGGUUCGACCCCCACUCGGUGUACUUUGUGGGCGGGUUCGGGAGCGAGCACUUCAUCGGCUACAUCCCGCUUGACGUGUAUCAGGCCGUACCGCCCGCAGAUCCCGACGCGGAAGUCGGCGUCGGCGGAAGAGUGCUCGUCACGCAGGAGCAACAUUCGUUCUAG